UGUGUUCCUUCUGUCCGAGUUUCCUCUGUUUGGACCUCAACAAGCAUAAAGCGUUCAGAAUUUAGGAGAUUAUAAAUUUAAAUUGUUUAACCAGCAAGGACCGGAAUGGCGGCUGCCAAAAUGGAGAAGGGUGAGCUGAUGAGCCAGGUGAAACAGCAGAUCGCAUUGGCCAACGCCCAGGAGAUGCUCUCGAAGAUGACGGAGAAGUGCUUCAAGAAGUGCAUCCAGAAGCCGGGCAAAUCACUGGACACCACCGAGCAGCGAUGCAUUUCGCAGUGCAUGGAUCGCUUCAUGGACGCCUGGAAUCUGGUGUCGCGCACCUAUGGCAAUCGUCUGCAGAGGGAGCAGUACAGGUCCAUGGACUCGGUGGAGGAGAUGAGCAGCUAGACUCCAGUCUCUGUCACCUUGCAAUUAAAGUCGAAUUUAUUUUGUUUGUGAUCCAA